AUGGCACCGCAGUUUGCAGAGUACUUGAAACAAAGUUAUCAUAUCGAAGAGUUGUCAUCACACUUGUUUAAGUGUAUAGUUUAUGGUACUCCCACACCGCAAGUCCGAUGGUACCUUAACGAUCGACUUAUCACAACCAACGAGAACGUAGAAAUAAUUGCCGAAGACGGUAUUUUCAUACUCAAAAUACAUCAGCUGGAUAGGAGCUGGAACGGGCAGCUGGUUUGUGAAGCAACAAAUAUCGUUGGAACAACUCGACAGAGGAUCCUUUUGUAUAUUGCAGCAGUGGAAACCACAGAAGUCAGCUCAAACCUUGCAUUCGAGCAACAGUCGGAAACAGAGGCGCUUGUUCAACGGACGGUUUUUGAUUCAUUUCGCACUACAGUGCAAGCAGUUCAAAUGGACGAAACAGAACUAAGUCACAUAAGCAGCGCAUCAGUCACCGGACAAAGUCCUGUCAUCCAGCUGCCGCUGAGCAGUGAAAUACGCGUCAUGGUCUGUUUUAAAAUAUCUAUGAAGUCAUUCGAAGCGUUUGUAUGGACGUACUUGCCAGGAUGCUUGUUACUACGUAAUCUUCGCUGUCCGAAAUGGCAAAAUUAA